CAAGCUACUGUCCUCUUUCCGUCUCGAUCGUCUUCCGUCUCAUUCGUCCAAGCCGUUUUUCGCCUUCGAUGCGACUGCAGCUUUAGCUACAAAUUCCUUUGCGCUUGCUGCUUUCAUGGCGGCGCUGCCGCCGGCCGCCGUCUCCUAUUCCUCCUCCACUCCUCUUACUCAUUUCCUUCUGCGUUUUCUCGACGGUCAUUUUGCGACCCCGGCCGACCUCCGGAAGCUCCCCUCCCUCUCCGACCUGCUCGAUCGGGAAUGCCGCGACCUCGAUCUGGACUUGCGUACUCUCCUAGGGGACAAACUGUCCUCUGUCGCUUCCGCGUGGGUCUCCCGCUCCCAAGAGACGAAAAUAAUUCUACGCCAGGGCGAUGGUUUCAUCCCUUAUUCCAUUCCAGCUUCAUCUAGGAGGAUGCUAGAGGUGGACAUACCAUUAAUUGUGAAGGAAGUCUCUUGUAUCGAGACGAUUCGCCUCUACGCUGAAUUGUCUCUCCAGUUGGAAGCUCUUGUGGGUGAGCUGGAAGAUACAUCAGUAGCUAUAAUCAGCCAGGCUAGAGGAGAUUUUUCAUUUUCAAACCUUGGAAGGGCAUCAACUCCUAUAGACAUGGCAGAGAAGCAUGAAAAGCUGCUGAAUGCUGUUAAAACUGUAACUUCAAUUGAGGAUAAAUUAGGAUUUAUUUCAAGUCAAAGGCCACAAUGGGCUCAUCUUAUGAUGACAGUUGAUUCUAGAGUAGAGAAGGCUUUAGCAAUUUUGAAGCCACAGGCUUUGUCAGAUCAUCGCGCUAUACUUGCCUCACUUGGAUGGCCACCAUCCCUGUCAUCUUCUAAUGUAGAGAAGGAGAAAUCCUAUGAAACUCCAAACCCCCUUUCUCUGAUGCACGGAGAAAAGAAAGAUGUGUAUUCUCAAAGUUUUCUCAUACUAUGCACUUUGCAACAACUGUUCAUUCAACGAGAAGAGCGAAAAUUAAAUCCUCUAGAAUACUAUCAAAGGUACAAAUGUACAAAUUGCAGUGAUUUUUCUAGAUCUUCUCACCUUGGCAGUGGUCUUUGGUCAGUAGAUGAAUUAGUGCACCCAAUUGCUUCAAGAAUGGAGCAUCAUUUUCACAGAUGGUCUAAUCAACCAAAGUUUAUCUUUGCUCUUGUUUACAAAAUAACUCGGGAUUUUAUGGAUGGAGUAGAUCAUGUUUUGCAACCUUUAGUAGAUAAAGCAAGAUGUAUGGGUUCUAGUGUUAGAGAAGCUUGGGUAGCAGCAAUGGUUAAAAUUCUUAUAGACUAUCUAGAGAAAGAAGCUUUUCCUGUUCUUGUUGAGAGAUAUGAAAUUAGAGAUGGAAUCUUGUUGGCAGAUGCAUCAUGGCUUCACCUAGUUGACCUUAUGAUUACUUUUGAUAAGAGAAUGCGAGCGCUUGCAAUUUCAGGAAUGCCAUGUGUGGAAUCAUUUCUUGAGCUUCAAGGAAUGUCUUUGUCAUUAUCAAUUUUCUCAGUUUUUGUAGAACAUUCAGAUUGGCUUCAUAUAUGGGCUGAAAUAGAGCUCGAUGAUGCGAAUGAGAAACUAAAUCCUGAGUUGGAAAGUCAAAAAAGUUGGUCUAUCAGUACUCAUCAGCAAGCUCUCUCCCAGUUGGAAGAAGCUGAGUUGUUCCUUCUUUCAAACACUGAAGAUUUCAAAGCACCUCCUAUUGCUGAUUCUGUAGUUAAAAUUGCAUGGAAUAUGGUAGAGAGGGCUUUUCUUCUGCCAACGAAGAUGAUGAAAGUUCAGUUCAUCAGGUCUUCUAUGAUAGUAUUCUUAAAUAAUUUUUUUUAUAUCUUGGUUCAACGUUGUCAUAAUGGAGGAUCAUAUGGUGCCAAUAUGGAUGUUGAUGCUAUGCUACGAUUGGCUGGUUCCAUAAAUGCUGCUCGAUAUCUUGUGUCUGUUCUUAGACAGUGGAGUGAAGAUUUUAGGUUCUUGGAGAUGAGUCAAUGUGAUCCCAAGAAUGAAGAUCAAACUGGUUCCUUCUUAAAAGAUGAAACCAUGCGCUUAAUUAAGCUUGAUACUGAUUUUCUUGAGAUGGCAAUGUCCUCUAUUUUACUGCAGUUUGAUGAUCUCUGUCGGGAUUAUAUUGAUUACAUUGAACAGUGGGGAAGAGAGCAACUUGAUCUGCAGGAAUUGGUUGUGGAUGAGCAGAGUCUAUGCAUAUCAUCAAGUUUUGUACGAGCAUUAGACAUGCUGAAAGACCACCUCUAUGUCUUGAGGCUGAAUCUUAAUUCUAUGGAUUUUCUAGACCUGUGGAGAAGCAUUGCUGAUGGGCUUGACCACUUCAUUUUCAAUAGCAUCACUCUCAGCGUUGUUAAGUUUACUGAUAUAGGAGUGAAUCAGUACAAAUAUGAUAUGAGAGCACUCAUUCAGAUUUUCAGUGCAUUUUGUUCUAAGCCUGAAUCUUUCUUUCUGCGCGUGCAUGAAUCUAUGAAGCUGCUGACCCUAGACAAAAAGGAUGUGGCAAAUGUGCUCAAUAUGGUGCCAGAAAAUGGUAAGAGAAAGGAAUUGUUCUUGCAGAGCAAAGGAGUGUUUCAUGUAAAUAUAGAUCAAGCUAAAACGAUAUUGAGAAAGAAGACUUUCUGAUUCUAAAUUGGAGGCUAAAAAAUACGUGUCAAUAUCCGUUUUGACUUAGAUUAUCUUUCAAUUGUUUUUUUUCGCAACUGUUACAUGCCAUCCUUCAAGAUGUAGAUAUCAAAUGCUCACACACAGGCAUAUGCUAAUCGUGGAAGUUCAUUUGCAUGAAGCUGCAUAAAAGAAUAUCAAUUUCCUGGAAACCAACUACAAGAAUGAACAAGGUACUAACCGAUUCCUACUUUUGAGUUUUUUUUUUUUUUUCGUUUUUUUAAUUGUUUUGGUUGUUGUG